AUGCAUGCAAAUAAGCAACUAGUUGAUAAUCACACCUGGCCUCUCCCUGAACUGCUGUGUCCCUUGUGGAUCUUCCUUGACGUGCUCUUCUCCACAGCCUCCAUCAUGCACCUGUGCGCCAUCUCUCUGGACCGCUAUAUCGGCAUCCGUAAUCCAAUCAAAUACAGCCGCAGCAACUCACUUCACAAGACCAUGAUCAAAAUAAUCAGUGUCUGGACCAUUUCUGUAGUGUUGUCGCUGCCCAUUCCAGUAAUGGGUUUCCAGGACAAGAAGAAGGUGUUUGUAAAUAACACUUGCACCCUGAAUGAGCCUCGUUUCGUCCUUGUUGGCUCAUCCGUGGCCUUCUUCAUUCCUCUGGUCAUCAUGGUCGUCUGCUAUUACCUCACUCUCCGUGAUCUCCAGAGGCACAGCACUUCUUUCCCGCAAGAGAGCAGGAGCCACUCCAAACAUUCUUCUGCUGAGAUAAGUGACACAAGUCUGCUGAACAGUAAGUCCUCCUCCAACAAGUCUGCACAAGAUCCACAAGGCCAAGGCAGACGAGGCAUGAUUCAAGCUUUGAACAAUGAGCGACGAGCCUCCAAAGUCUUGGGGAUUGUCUUCUUUCUCUUCCUGGUCAUGUGGUGUCCGUUCUUCAUCACCAAUGUGCUGAUCGCCAUCUGUCAGGACAGCUGCAGCGAGCAUCUCUAUAACCUCAUUCACUUUUUUGUCUGGGUGGGAUAUAUCUCCUCUGGAGUGAAUCCUCUGAUCUACACCCUUUUCAACAAGACGUAUCGACAAGCCUUUGCUCGCUAUCUACGAUGUAAAUAUCAUGAAGAUAGGAGACAACUACAGUUAUUAAAUAUUCCACGUUCUACAGAGCUUGAAACCUGGGUGCCCCAUUCCCACAGACAAGCCUGGGAAUGCAGGGUUUGA